GCAGCAGGCUGUUCCACAUUAUCAACAGGUUUCCUCAGGGAGUCUGUGUGGUGGCAGUGCUCUCAGCAUGGACAGGCGGACAUCUUAUGCUGCAAGACCAAGGGUGAACAGUGGUAGACCAUUUGGAAGGUUUCAUCAUAAGCCAAGGUUAGAAAGACCACUGCCUGCACCACUUCCAGCAGCUGCUCCUCAGCAACCAAUGCCUAAUAGUGCUCAGCAGACUAGUGAUGAACAGGCUUCAGGGCCUAACCUUCAGUAUGGAACCCAAGCAAGGGAAGGAUAUGAAGGCCCUGAAAACCCUGCAGAAAUGGAACAGUCCAAGGAAUCUUCCCAAGGAGCUCCUGGACAACCCAUGCAAGAAGACCCUACUGGAGUGAGCCAGGAACAACAACCAUUGCCACCACCACCACCAAUGGUGGAAGAUGACAGUCAGCAGCAGCAGUCUCGCGUGCAGCAGCCACAAAACUACUGCCCAUCAUCACAACCAGAACAACAGCAACAACAACAACCAGAAGCAGAACAACAGCCUCCAUUAUCAGCAUCCCCCACCUUGGACACCAAAAGCAGCAAUAACAACAACAAGGCACCUUCUGACACUGCUCAAGGCCUGCAGCAGCAGGUCAUGAGCAAAUCUCCAUCAGCAGCUGACAUCAGUAUCAAGCCAAUAGGACCCAAGCAACCCAUCCCCAUUUCCCAAGAAAGUGGAACCUUUGCACGCUCCAGUGGUCCCAUGGGUUCCCAGCUCAAUGUCAGCACUGACACUAAAGACAUUGCUGCAGUAGUAUCAUCAGACACCACCUCCCCAACAAUGGAUCCAUCAGCUGCUGCUGCCAGCAUGGCCUUCACCAGCAUCAACAGCAUUGUGACUCAUCAUCAGGCUGACAAUAAUAACACCACAUUGGACAACGGGAAUGCUGUUACCAUUGCAAAUUACACCAAUUAUGAUACAUCAUCCACAACUGUUAUGUCUUCUGGCUCUGCAUCUCCACUGGUUCCAUCCAGGAAAUAACAAUGCUAACAGUCUUCCACUGGUUUAUAUCCACUUAUUUUGUCAGUGUAUAGUGGAAAUACAAGGUCUUUUUCUCUGAAUGCUGACAAAAAAUAAAUCAUGUUCAUGCAUGUUUUAUUAGCACUGUCAUUGAAUCAGUGAUGGUCUUAAUAUCAGUAUAAGCAGCUCUGUGAACCCAUUUCAGCCAUUUUUACAAUAAAUUUUAAAACUUUGUCCGUAUAUUGGAAUGUACAGUAUAUGCACAUCAGUCAAAAUAUCCCCAGACAGAUUGAAAAUGGAACAUUUAAUAUGAUUUUUCAUGUUACAGGUGGUACCUCACAAUUCAACCCUAAUCUGUUGCUGGGCUAGGG